CUCUUUGUAAUCAAAAACACAUCACAUAAAAUAUCAUUUCAAAGCAUGAUAAAUUACCAGGCGAAAUGUAUUGCAUACACACCCUAUGUCUUUUGUAUAAAGCCUGUGAAAUCGAACAGCAAACACAUUUCACCUUGGUUUCUCAGCCAGACUGGUUCAUCACAUCGAGCAAAGAUGAAGAAAAUGAUUGUUAACCAAAUCCUCUGUGUGCCAUUACUUAUUCUGUUGCUUGCUGGAAUGAUCAAAAGUCAAAGUUUGGCUUUCAACGAUAAUGCGCAGCUCGUCCUUCCAGAGUCCUACAAUAUCGGCUGGAUGAAGGAACUGGAUGGUAACACUCUCCUGUCUGAUAUUACCAUUCCUGCAACGCAUGACACUAUGGCACUUUAUGGAGGACCUGCGGCUGAAUGCCAGGCCUGGACUCUGGAAGACCAGCUGAAGGCAGGUAUCCGGUACCUGGACCUCCGAGUGUAUGCUUUUGAAAACACGCUGUACCUUAUGCACGGGAUUGUUUACCAGCACUCGACCUUCUCCAAGGCUCUUGAAACGCUCAAGGCGUUCCUGUCGGCGUUCCCAAGUGAAACGGUUCUCGCCCGACUCAAGCCUGAUUUGUUUGAUAAGAGUAAAGUACAGGAAUUGGUUUCAAAGCUCAUUGAGGGCGAUAGCAAUGUUUGGGUGAACUCUGCCAUACCACAACUAGAUGAAGUAAGAGGCAAGAUUGUCUUCGUACAGGAAGACAGUUUUCUGCUUGGAGUCCCUCUGUUGGAAACCGACACCAAAGGUGACUACAAGGUCAUUCAUGUUAAAGAUAAAGAGCAAGAAACCUUACAGCACCUCAAUCAAGCCAUGAAAGAGUGUGGAGGAAAUUCUCUCAUCCUGACCUACUCCAGUGGCACAGGCAUCGGCACGUUUGAAGGCAUGUUUUUAACACCGAAAAAGGUGGCAGAAAAGAUGGACCCUUGGCUAUAUGAUUAUCUGCAAAUGCUGCAUGCUGAGGGAUCAGCACUGUGUUUCGGGAUCAUUGCCAUGGACUUUCCAAGCUUUGACCUGAUUCAAACGGUCAUCAAGUUUAAUCAGUAG